CCUUACGCUUUUGCGAAGGUCUUCACCGAGGUUCGAACGGUGUGCGCCCUCGACCAAGUCAAAACCGUUCCCGCCUCUUUGAUCGCGCGAUGAAAAUUUCACUUUGGCUCACUUUGGUCUCUCGAGUCUCUAGAAAUUGCGACCCUCUGAACCGUGCUGCUCGAACCUCCUCUCUAGCAUACCGGCCGCUCUUUUUUAUCAUCUUUCGUUGUUUGAAAACUCAUAUCAUUGACGAAAAAAAAGAUCUCUCCGCUCGUUCUUCGAACUGGGACCCGAUAUAUUAUCUCUGGAUUAUUAUCUCUGGAAGAUAUAUAUAUAUAUAUAUAUAUAAUCUCCUCUUCGUUUCUCGGCGAUCGAUCGGCUGGAUUACAGCUCCGUCAAUCCAUCGUCGCGCUGCGAGUUUUGGAAUCUGCGUUCGUCGACUUGCUUUCGUCUCUCGGUCAAGAGCUUUCCAAGAUUCACGGUUUCUCUCCUGGCCAACUUAUUCCCCCGGAUUUGCUCGAAACGACUAAUUAUACGAGAAAACUCGGGCUGGUUACCAACUACUAACAGGAUUCCAACUAGCGGAUUAUCGACUCUGUUCUCCAGACUAACUGACGACGCGAUUAAGAAGCGGUAUAAAGCGAGUUUUUUUUAAUCGCAAGUGGAUUUAGACGAGACACCGAUUCGAGACGAAGAUCUUCCUUUUUUUAUUCCAACUUUGAGAAACGUUCUUUAAUCGAUCUUCCUUCGAUCGAUCCGGAUUUAUUUGUUGUUUGCUCGACACGAUAUCUGAACGAUGGAGAUUGCCUCUUAAUCCUUAUAGCCCGCAAGUCUCUCUCAAAGGACUUUGCCAAGGGUUGCGAACUUUUUGCGCAUGACACCCGAGUACGAUCACCCUCGUGGAGCCCCACAAGCUCUCUCCCUUGUACACAGACACAUACGAGUCGAGGCGAGUGUUGGAGGCCGCGCUCUUCUUUAUUCAAAUUCCUCAUCGUGGCCGCGCGAGUCGAGCCUGCUCUUCUGGCUCCAGGCAACCUUUCGCGUCAUCCUGAUCGCGAAAAGUCCGAAGUCGAGUGCGGUUUAUAAUCGUUUCCUUUGUCUCCUGGAACUACGUGUGCAGCAACAAAUCGUUGGUUAUUAAGUUGAGAAGUGUUUAAGAGUACAGUUUUAACAGAUUGUAAAAGGUGGAAGAUUUCGGAGUGGUUGUCGUCUCGUCGAUCUCGAUUUCUCUCGAUGUCGAUAAUAUAAUUCUCAACGAUAAUUCGCCGAAUUUUCUCGUUUAUUUUCGUUGGCACGUGUUUCGCGCGCAUCGAUCGAUCCUCGAAAAAUCUUAUUCUUCUUACAAUCUUCUUCUUCUUCGUUCUAAACGGAACGAGAAAUUUUGCAAGGAGAAGGAUAAUCAAACGAGGGAAACACGUUGCUGCGAUUUUCGAAAAGUAUAGCAAGAAGGAAUCCUGAAUAUUCAUCUCGAUUUGCAAAGUUUCUCGAUUUCUCGUUGAAUCUAUCUCGAAAAAUCGAUCAACGCUUGCCGAGGAAAUUUUCGCGUUUUCCAUGGAAGGAAAGGAGCGUGGAUAGCGUGUUUCUGUGUUGGUUGGCUCGAAUGCUGAAACGCUUGGAGAAAAGCGGCGAGGAAGCCAAUCCGGUUGGUCGCUUUCGCCGCAUAUGGCGGCGGGCAAAGUUAUAAAUAAUGCCCAUCGCCCUCCUGCGUAUUCACCUUUACAUAAUGACCGGGAGAGGACGAAAUCUUGGUUCGGGUGAAAAGAAACGGGAGAAAAGCCGUGGUUACGAUCGUCUUGCACGGCCUAUAUCUCAAACGCGAUUUUCAGCCUCAGGAUGAGUUUCACGUAUUACUCUCGUUUGUUAAUCGUAAUCGACCGUUCAUUAUCUUUCUUACUUACUUGAGAAACUUGGCUUCGAACAAUGGGAUCUCGUCUCGAAAGGUUCUCCCUUUGUUGUUGUUGUGGACUUUGAUAAAGUAAAAGGAGGAUUCGGAUGAAUCAGUGGGGGAGGAGGGACAAAAGAGCGUGAAUAAACUAUUUUCCUUCGUGAUUCACGAAGGAAAAAACAAAUAAAAGUAUGACGAGGCCAUUUUCGUUGGAAAACGUGAUCGGCACGGAGAGAGCGGCAAAGUUCGUUUCCUCGGAUAAAGACGCCGCUAAAGAGAAAAGUUACAGUACCUGAACAAGGUUCGAAGCAUGAUACGUGGUGGUGGUGGUGGUGGUGGUGGUGAGCUUAAGAUUAACGAUAGCGGAGGUCGUGCGCGAAUCGUUCCAGUUUUCAUUCCCCCGAGAGCAGCUCUCGAAAAUGUCGACGAUCCUGUUGCAGUGCGUUGGAAAUUGCUUCCACAGAAGGAGAAUGCGCACAGGUAUGCACUGCCUAGGCGCGGUGACAGGAGGCAUUCCCAGCCCAAAUGGGGUUGGCGGUCGGGGUGGCAUUCUUAGCAUGUUCCGAGCCCUUGGAGUCCUAGUGUGCGAGGGGAGGAUUCAGGGCCCUCCACGUGGUUACAAAGAGGGCCCACAUUGUGCAGCUCCUACGCAGACGGUGCCUAACGACCAUGUGUGCGAGGAAGAUAAUUACCUGUGCGAUCGAUAUCUUGUGCUGGUCCGAGAGAUCGCGGACCGUGUUGCAAUCGGCUCGUUCCUGUGCAUCGAGGUAGUGUUGUGCAGCAACUGUCCAUGCGGUUUGGCGAAAUGUACGAACAAGAAUCCGAUCUGCACCGUGCCGUCCUUAUCAAUUUCACCAUGGCAACAAGCGUCGGAGAUGCUGCUGGAGUAUUGGUGUGUUUGCGUCGUUCCUAGCAAGAGUCCAGAGACCAUGAACUUCUACGGAUUAUAUCAGGCAGUUCGUUCACGACUUCACUUCAGCCAAGUAGCUGCUUGGUGGUCGAGGAGCAACGGUACCGAUCCCAGUUACAUCGUGACGAGAAUGGUGCCCUACAACGAAGACAAUCUGAGAAAGUUUCGUGAAACCCCCGUCGAGCACACGUUCCCUUUGGCCGGCAACAGUGAUGGAAAUUCCAUAAAAGUCACCGUGUGGGCACUGCCGAGGAUGGAGGAGGUGCCGGUUCUCACCUGCCCAUUGCACCCGAUCAAAGAGAAAGACGAGGAGGGUGUCGCGAGGGCUUUGACACCCACCAAGGCUAUCCCGGUUCCCAGCGCUCCGCAAAAUCCUGAAGGCCUUGUUUUGCCUGCUUUAGUGGACGACAGAUUGCAGACGCCUUGCAACAAACCUGGAAAACAUCAUUGUCCGUGCGAGGAGGAGGACAUUCCACCACCAUCACCAGUGAUUUCGAGACAAAACCGCGAGAGGAAACGUCGCCGAUCGCUUCCCUGUGGCCCUACGGAUACGAACAACUGCGUAACGAUACAACCGAUAGCUCUGCCCUCGGUGCAGGAAACUGUAACGCAAGAAAUAAAAGAUAUUCAAGGUUCGAGCUAUUCGAAAUGCCCGUCCGAGAUCGUGAACAAUCGUAGCGUCAAGUCUGUGCAGAAUCAGAACUGCAAGUUGGAGGAGAACGCCAUCAGGAAUCGUAAGAAUUUGAACGCCGAUAAUCUAGAGCGGUGCUUCAAGACGCAAUUGAACAUCGACGGGCGGGAAGGAAACAUGGAGAAGCGGUACAAGCGAACGAUUGAAGAUUCUGAUUUGAAAUCGAAUUGCAAGGAGAAGCAGUGCAAUUUGGAGAAGAAGCACAAGGAGACGGAGAAGUCUACGACAGAGAAGAAUGGAAUAUUGGAGAAUUUGAUACCGUUCAAUUCCUCGUUGCCAUGGUCUUUCGUCGAAUCUUGGAAUAACAGCAAUGCGAACGGGAAGUGUGCUUUUCAGAGCUUGCGCGCGAACAGGGAAAGCUAUUUCAACGAUUCUGAGAGAAUGAACAAACCGCCAGUCAGCAAGGAUUCGAGCCUCGUGAUCAAUCCGUUUAGGCAACCUAGUCCGUUCCACGAAUCAAAUCCCGGUCCUUCGACGAAUAACCGACUCAAGCAAGAUUCCUUCAACUCCUCUUGCACGGUGCAUCAAAGCUGCGUGAAAUCGUCGAACAAAUUAUCCAAUUCCGAAGCGAAUCCUGGACUGGAAGCUCUGGAGGAAGUCAACAAUAGGGGGAGGUCUGGGAAGGAUUUGAGCCAGUUGAUAUCGAAACUGUCGUUCCCCGAGGAUAAGGACAAAUCGAAGGAGGAGGGAGGUUUCUUGGAUUGGUUCAGUAAAGUUCCUGGACGAGUUCUCGGGGUCGCGCCGACCAGUGGCUUCGUGGAGAACAAGGUGAAAGCGACAAAUUUGAAGAGUCAAGAGCAACAGCACGGGAAUGAAGUGAGAUUUAAAAACUGCAACUUGGAGUUGAGCCAGCAGGAGUUCGACGAGGUUCUGGCUGUAUUGAGGGCUCGUACACCGUCGGAGCGGAAGAGGACGAGUAUCAGGACGAUUAAGAAACGGGAGAAGUUGGAGAAAUCCGUGGAGGAUGGAUCGGACAAAUCGAUAGGGAAAUAUGGAAAUUUGGAGAGCAUCGAGUGUUCGACCAACAACAUAGCGAACCGUACGAAGGCCUGCGAGGGUUGUAACCACAAGUUGUGUAGGAAAAACGACCAACAAGCUUUAGAGAAGACCAAUUUCGUUGAGAUUUAUGGCAAUAAGAAUAUUUAUAAUCCUCAGAAACGCGAGAAACUCGAGAGCGACGAGCCGAGCGAGGAUCUGCAGGCGAUCAAAUGCAAUAAUUCCGAGAAACGGACGAACGACACUAUCGACUGUUUGCAAAACGUAUCUAACAAAGCAGACAUAUUAUUGGGAGCAAUUUUACGAACCAGCAAAGACCGAGGGAAUCUAACGGAGAUUCCGAAUGGGACCAAAUCGAGGUCCGUGUUGGCAACGGCCAUCAACGAAACGGAAAGCAAUCGAAAUAACGUGGCUUGUGAGAAGACGCGUCAGGAGCAGAAAACCGUGCCGUUCGAGGAUGAGAAGUUCCUGCCUAUGGCGCUCAACAAGAGGUUCAAUCGGUUCCGACAACUCUUCAAAAAGGAGCAAGAGAAAAAAGUUCCUGCAACGACAGAGGACAAUUCGCAAGACGCGAAUAUACAAUACUUAGGCCAACGUUCGUUCUCGUACAACAACGUCCAGCCCAGCCUGCACGAUCCAAAAAAUUUGAGGGAUAGCAAAGCGAAGAGGAGAAUAGACUUCUCAAACUUCGGCGGAGAGAGAGAGGCGGAAAAGCGUGACGGAAGAGCUGAUCCUUCGGAGCUUAGUACAAAUGGCGCACAUCAAAAUUCACGAAUCUAUAGUACAAAUUACAAAGAGGGCAGCGGCGACUACGACGAAGUCGAGGUGUCCAAACGGCAAAAUAGACUGCAUAGUACAAACGAGGAUGACGGAGUGGCGGAGCUCGACGAUGAAGAGGACGAAGAAACUGUAUCGAAACUUUGCAAAGAUUCUGUUCCGAAUGUCGGGAAGAAAAUUCGAAACUACAAUCUCGGCAAAGACAUCGUCACGGAUGACGACGAAACGAUGGACAAGGCUGUACCAACUGCCAUCGAACAGGAGAGAUUUCGCCGUUCCUUGGAGAACGCAGCUUCGAUGGUGUUUCACAGUAGAACAGGCUUGCCCUUGACGUCCAGUCCAGCUCCGUUGAGAAGAGGCAGCUGUUGCUUCGAUUAUGAUAGCAGUCUGAAUUCUGUCUCCUCCAAGAGAAGCGCUCUGUUCGAAUUGAACACUCCGCCAAGUCCGGGCGCAGUGUCUUUGGAAGAGGCUGAUCGAGAGGCCGAGAAUGCAGGCGAAGGGGAGGAAACACCGAAGAGACGCUCGACUUCCCGCAGUAGACCGCAAAGUCACGCCCUUCUAGGCAGCUUCGAGGAAUCGGCUUUGAAUGGUAGACUCGAACCAGUGUCGACCGUUCACGGUUUCACGGCGGAAUUGGGCGCCAGUGGUUCCUUCUGUCCGAAACAUCGAAAGCUUCCAGUCACUGUGUUCUUCUAUACGCUUGGUGACAAUGAUAAAGUUUCUACGCCCUAUCUCGCACAUAUUAAUUUGGGCAAAAAGGGCUACCAAGUACCAAGAAGCGGUACUAUCCAAGUAACGCUUCUCAAUCCUUUGGGUACAGUCGUUAAAAUGUUCGUAGUACUAUACGAUCUUUCUGAUAUGCCACCACGAUCUCAUACUUUUUUACGUCAGAGAACAUUGCGGGACAAAACACUACGCUACCUCGUACAUCUUAGAUUUAUGUCCGGUAAGUCAGGCCGAAUUUACUUGCACACGGACAUUCGUAUGAUUAUUUGUCGCAAGUCCGAUGUGGACACAGCGUCGGAUUUCGGGUCAGAACCACCAAAGGAAUUGCGAAGCUACAUCCAUGGCCCUACCAAUCCGAAAUUUUCGCCAAGGUGCUGAGCCACAUGGCUCUUUCCAUGGGGUUGCUGUCAAUCACUCCGCUCGCCUAGUCCCCUUUGCGCAGAGGUUUAACAGAGAUCAAUUUUUUUUUUUUUUUUUUUUUUUUUUUUUAUUUUUUUUGUGAAAAUUCGGAGACAGGUCUUCCCUUUGGGAUUCGAUAUUAAAAGAAAAGUAUGAAAGUUGAGAGAAACGAGUAGCAUUUGCAAAAAAGAAUUCUGGAUCUUUGUAAAAGGAAGGAAAAAAACCUUUGUGGAAAUGGUCUUCUCGAGAGGAGGAAAGAAGAUUGUAAAAAGAAUGGUUAAAUCGAGAGAAAGAUUUUAUAGUGAGAUCAUGCUUCGCAAAAAAAAAAAAAAAAAAAAAAAAAAAAAAAGUAUCAUCAUAUUUUGAGAUGAUUUUCGAGAAAGGGAGAAGGCAAUUUAAGCAAUUCUUAAAGAAAGUUUCAAAAGAAAAGAUUGUUUUUUCGCGAAAAAAAUAUUUCAAAGAUGAAUAAGGAGCAAGGCAUACUAAGGGGACUAAUUGAAUAUUUGCCAUUUCAGUACGAAUUGUUUUGCUUAUUAAACUCAAAUUUAUUUUCUUUCUUUUCAUUUAUUGAUAAUGUUAUUUUUUUAACGCGAAAAACAAAGCGUGUGUUAAAUGUUAAUUUAUGAAGAUCGUCUUGGUUUUAAUUUCGUUAAUGGAUCGAAAUUUUUAGUUGAAUUAAAGUUGAUCGUUUUUCGUUGGAAUUAAUUUACGCGCUCCAAUUGCGUCUUUGAAUUUUUGGCGAAGAUUGCCGCUUUGAAUUUUUGUCUUUCAUAUUUAUUGCGAUAGAACAUGUUCGUUCUAAUCGCGUUUUUUUUUUUUUCCCAAUGGAAACGAAUAAAGUUUCUAAUUAUUCGAGUUCGUCAAUUCAAUUAUAAGUUGGACGAUCUCCUUGGAAGGCCAUCUCCUCAAUUUAUUGUUGUAAAUAUAAGUCAUAUGUAAAGUCGAAAUAAGAAUUUUUUUAAAAAGGGAUGAUACUGUCAUGUGUGUGUAGCACCAUAAAGAAAAAAAGAAAAAAAAGAAAAAGAAUGAAAGAAAAAAAUAAGUGAUACGAGCAUAGAAAA